UUCACACAGCUUUGCUCCUUGUCCUUCCACAUAAAUGUUAGCUGCAUGCCUAUCUUUUUAUUUUUUUUUUAUUGCCUUUGUAGGCAGACGAGAAUACGACCCACCUGAUGGUAAGUAGUCACCGUCGCUCAUGGACGUCAGCAAUGCCAGGGGCAGAGCCAAGUCGCUGCCUACCAUAUCAUUAUCUGCCUACAUAAAAUAGUUUUUUCCUUACUUCUCAACGUCAGAAAGUACUGAUUUUGAAUUUAAAAACCUGAACAUUGAAACAAAACUGCAAGGAAAAAAUCUAGGCUUUAUGGGCAUAACUCACUUCGCCUGUCCUACGAAUGAGAAGACGAAAGUGUGACAUUUCGGCACCAAGCAUGCGCUGAAUUGCUGCUGAUACAGAAGCGAAAUUUUUUUCAUAGAACAAUAGUGAUUUCUUAAAAAUUAGGUAAUCAGUAAUGAAGUUAACUUUAGUGUUAUUACGACGGAACCGUAUGCCAAAUGGCAACAUAUUCAGAGGAAAAGAACGUCUAGUAAAACAAGUUGAACCAAAACAUUUACGGCGUAUUAAAGAAGAUUUUGCCAUUGAGGAACAAAAUAUGCUUUAUUUACGUUUCCCCUAUUUGUCCGAGGCAGAAAGUUUUGGACACACAAAAGCUUUAGGAAAACAUGAAAUGAGAAAAGAAAUGCUCAAUGACAAGAAUAGAAGAAUAUUUAAACAAGAUGUAACAUUAUAUGAACGAUUACAGCACCUAAGAAUCGGCGAAAAAUGGGAGUAAAUUAUUGAAUGAAAUGUAAUUUUAGUAUAAAUUAGUUUUAAUAAAUUUAUUCAGUAGAA